AUGGCGAACAACGUCGACAACCUGACGCUUAUGACGCAGCAGAUGCUCGACAAGAUGACGGAGUUCGAGGCCUGGCGAGCCACCACCGACACCUCGCUCGGUUCGUUGCUCACCAAGACAACGGAGACGGCGGCGAGGAUCACGCACUUGGAGAAGACGCCGAACCCAACUCCACCACCGCCUCCACCGGCAGGCUGGAUUGCUGGGAGCGUCGACCUCAACCGCGCUCCAUCGCCAGGGGAGCACCCGUCUGCUUCCUCUCAGGAACAGCCCAACGGGCACGGCGCGGGCAGAGGGAUUCUCGGUCCGAUUCCGGGAACCGACCCUCCGCCGAUUAACACCCAGGGUACGAUUCCAGAUCUCUCUGUUCAUAUUGCAAAUCUUGUUCCUGGUUCGCAUUCUCAUACAUAUCAUGCCGGAUCCACGCCCAAGAUGGAUUUCCCCAAGUUCGAUGGUGUCAAUCCAAGGCUAUGGCGUGAGCAGUGCGAGGUGUACUUUGAGAUCUAUGGGGUGUCAGAAGCAAUGAAGACAAGAUUUGCUACCUUGAAUUUCAUCGGCUCAGCAGCUCUUUGGCUUCAGACUGCUCAGUUGAGAGGACGGCUUCAGAAUUGGGAGGCUAUGCAUACAGCGGUUUGUGCCCACUUUGACAAAGAUCAGUACCCCUUGCACAUGAAGCAACUGGAGAACCUUCGUCAAACAGGCUCUGUAGCAGAUUAUCAGAAGAGCUUUGAGCAAUUGGCAUUCAGUAACAGCUCAGAUAGAUCAAGGCAAAGAAAGGAGGAAGGGAAGGCAGUUGAUAAUUCUGUGCCCAAUCCUACUUCAGACAAGCUGUUGGCUCUUAGAGCUCAUAGAAGAGCUAACAAUCUUUGUUUCACUUGUGGGGAGAAGUGGACAGGGAGAAAUCAUAAAUGCCCCACACAAAUACCUUUGCAUGUGAUCCAAGAAUUGCUUGAGGCAGUGCAAGUAGAACCUGAUGAGGAUUACAACUCUUCUGAGGAGGAUUCUGAAGCACAGGCUGGUCAGGUGGUCAUGGCAGUGAAGCCAGUUGCUAGUUCCAUUGCUGAUGUGAAGAAAAGGAACAGGACUUUGAGACUGAGAGGUCACAUUGGCUCCCAAGAGAUUCUCAUUUUAGUUGAUUCUGGGAGUGCUGCAACUUUCAUUAGCACCCAGGUGGCUUCUAAGCUGCAACAUUCCUUGAAAGACUGUGAAGCCCUCAAUUUUCUUGCUGCUGAUGGAUCACCAAUGGUAUCUGAUAGUGUUGUUCCAAAAUUGCAUUGGCAUGUUCAAGGACACACUUUCACGUAUGACACCAGAGUUAUUCCAUUAAGCUGUUAUGACAUGAUCAUUGGAGCUGAUUGGUUGGAGGCACAUAGCCCUAUGUGGUUUCAUUGGAAAAAGAAAAUCAUGAAAUUCACACACAUGGGCAGAAGAAUCACUUUGAGUGGUGUGAAGGAUGUUGUUCCAUCAGCUAGUCCCAUUUCAGUUAGGAAAUUGAAAGGGUUGUUAAGACAACAAGCUGUCACUCAUAUGCUGGAAAUAAAGCUGUCAUUCCUUUGGAUAUUGACUCUAUUUCCCCCAGCAGUGCACUAA